AUGGCACGACCGGAGGUCAAAUUCAGUCAGCUGUUUAUCAACAAUGAGUAUGUGAAUAGUGCGUCAGGGAAGACCUUCGAAACCAUAGACCCCUCCACCGAGAGCGUCAUUUGUCGUGUCCAAGAAGCCGAAGCCGCCGAUAUCGACAAGGCGGCGAAGGCAGCAAAGAAGGCCGUGGCACUGAACUCCCCAUGGCGCACUAUGAAUGCUUCGGAACGCGGCCGACUUCUCUUCAUUCUGGCUGACCUCAUUGAGGAAAACAGUGACUAUAUUGCGGUGAGUUCCUGGCGUCUGCAUUACAAACUUAGUAACUUUUAA